AUGGGAUCAAGUUCGAAUAAACUCUCCAUGGAUUUGGCUCCACCAUCUGAGCAUCUAUGCUACGUCCGCUGCAAUUUUUGCAACACUGUUCUUGCGGUUGGGAUUCCAUUUAAGAGGUUGUUGGACACAGUGACAGUGAAAUGUGGGCAUUGCAGCAACCUCUCCUUUCUUAGCACAAGGCCUCCACUGCAAGGCCAAUUUCUUGAUCAUCAUCAAACAAAUCUUCAGGGUUUUUGCUGUGAAAUCAAGAAGGGCCAGUCUUCAUCAUCAUCAUCUUCAUCAACAUCCAGCGAGCCGUUGUCCCCACGACCACCCUUUGUUGUCAAACCACCAGAGAAGAAGCACAGACUUCCAUCAGCUUAUAAUCGAUUCAUGAAGGAUGAGAUACAGCGUAUCAAAGCAGCCAAUCCUGAGAUACCACAUCGGGAAGCUUUUAGCGCAGCUGCAAAAAAUUGGGCUAGGUAUAUCCCAAAUUCGCCAACUGGUUCAAUCUCUGAGAGCAACAAAAAUGUAAGAACACAUACGGACACUAUCUUGAAUGCUAAGACACUUUUUAUUUUAUUUAAUUUCUUGAAUAUAUAUAUAUAUAGCCAUGAUGCUGAACAACUCGAGACCGGCAUGUUGGACUCUUUACUUCUGUCUUUUGCCCUAGCUUUGCUUACUUUCAACCCUUUUCAUCUAGUUUAUAUCGUGCUUAGUGGUUGUCGGGAGCUGGUAGAGGCUGAGGACGACCUACUAGAGGCAGAGGUCAGGGAGAUGCCGUUCAAGGCGGUACAGGCCGCGGCAUAG